CCAAUCUGCAAGCAAAGAUCAUGGCACAGUCUGAGGGGAGAGUAUUCAAGGCCCUUAUUAGAGGCUUCAGAGAUCCUCCCAAGCUGGCGACUGACAGAGAAGAGGAUGUGUUGGCAUGGCCAUGCAGGGGGAGGCCUUCACACAGAUCCAAAGGAAGGGCUGAAAGAGAUAGAUGCCAAAAAAAUUAUCAGAGCAAUGUUGUCUUAUGUGUGGCCUAAAGACAGACCAGACCUGAGAGCCAGAGUGGCCAUAUCCCUGGGGUUUUUAGCAAGUGCAAAGGCCAUGAAUAUCUUGGUUCCCUUCAUGUUUAAAUAUGCAGUAGACAACCUCAACCAGGUAUCUGGGAACAUACUCAACCUCGAUGCUGCACCAAAUACAGUGGCAACUGUGGCAACUGCUGUUCUUGUUGGCUAUGGUAUCUCAAGAGCAGGGGCAGCAUUAUUUAAUGAAGCUCGAAAUGCAGUAUUUGGGAAAGUAGCUCAAAACUCAAUCAGGAGGAUAGCAAAGAAUGUUUUUCUGCACCUUCACAACCUGGAUUUGGCCUUCCAUCUGGGCAGGCAGACUGGAGCUCUGUCCAAAACCAUCGACAGAGGAACAAGAGGCAUCAGUUUUGUUCUCAGUGCUUUAGUAUUUAAUCUGGGACCUACAAUGUUUGAAGUGGCACUAGUCAGUGGAAUUCUGUAUUACAAAUGUGGUGCAGAGUUUGCUCUAGUGACUCUGGGGACGCUCGGAGCCUACGCAGCGUUCACGAUAGGAAUCACUCAGUGGAGGACUAAGUUUCGGAUAGAAAUGAACAAAGCAGACAAUGAUGCAGGCAACGCUGCCAUUGACUCACUACUCAAUUAUGAGACUGUGAAGUAUUUCAAUAAUGAAAAAUACGAAGCCCAACGAUACGAUGAAUUCUUGAAGAUCUAUGAAAAUGCCUCCCUGAAGACUACCUCUACUUUAGCUCUCCUCAACUUUGGCCAGAGUGCUAUAUUUAGCAUUGGCUUAACAGCCAUCAUGGUGCUUGCCAGCCAGGGCAUUGUUGCAGGCAGCCUUUCUGUUGGAGAUCUAGUAAUGGUGAAUGGAUUGUUGUUCCAGCUUUCUCUUCCCCUAAACUUCCUGGGAACAGUAUACAGAGAGACAAGACAAGCUCUGAUAGAUAUGAAUACCUUGUUUACACUUCUCAGUGUAGAUACCAAAAUUAAAGACAAAGAGCUGGCUCCACCCCUGCAGAUCACACCAGAGACUGCUGCCAUCGCCUUUGACAAUGUGCAUUUUGAAUACCUUGAGGGGCAGAAAGUCCUUGCUGGAGUGUCUUUUGAAGUCCCUGCAGGAAAAAAAGUGGCCAUUGUAGGAGGUAGUGGGUCAGGGAAAAGCACAAUUGUGAGGUUAUUAUUUCGUUUCUAUGAACCUCAGAAAGGAAAUAUUUAUAUUGCUGGACAGAACAUACAAGAUGUCAGUUUGGAAAGCCUGAGGAAAUCAAUAGGAGUUGUACCUCAGGAUGCUGUUCUCUUCCACAAUACUAUCUACUACAAUCUGCUGUAUGGCCACAUUGCUGCCACCCCAGAGGAGGUGUACAGAGUGGCCAAGCUGGCUGGGAUCCACGAUGCCAUCCUCCGCAUGCCAAACGGCUACAACACUCAGGUUGGGGAACGAGGACUCAAGCUCUCAGGAGGAGAAAAGCAAAGAAUUGCAAUUGCUAGAGCAAUGUUAAAGGAGCCACUUAUUUUUCUCUAUGAUGAAGCCACAUCAUCUUUAGAUUCAAUUACAGAAGAGAAUAUCCUCAGUGCCAUGAGGGACAUGGUGAAGCACCGAACGUCGGUGUUCAUUGCCCACAGGUUGUCAACAGUGGUUGAUGCAGAUGAAAUCAUCGUGCUGGACCAGGGGAAGGUUGUGGAACGUGGUAGACACGCAGACCUCCUGGCAAGUCCCAACAAUCUCUAUUAUGAGAUGUGGCACACACAGAGCAGCAAAGUACUAAAUAGCCAUAAUCAUCCAAACUGGCAGGAGAGGGAUAAUCGGAUGUCCAAAGAGGAGGAGAGGAAGAAACUGGAAGAAGAGAUUACCAACAGUGUGAAGGGCUGUGGAAACUGUUCGUGCUGAGUGUGAUCCUGGAUUCCUCCUCUGUAACAGGUUAAAAAUGCACAAGGUUACAGGGAAGUGCAGCUCUUGUUUUCACCUCACCAUUCAAAAACUUCCUGGGUUUUGCAGUUUUGGGGUUUUACAGUUUCUCGGACAUCAUUUCAACCAAAGGAGUUCUAUUUUUACAUCUUUAGAAAACUCAAAUGUUCAGUGGCAUCUACAAGAGCUGAGCUUUGUAAAAAAACUUUAAACUUCUCAACUAAGAGUGUAAUUUAUGGCAAUUUUUAGGUAUUGGUAAAUUCUCCUGGUAGUUGCUUGAGGUGGGUUAUUAAAUUGUAAACAGAUUUG